AUGGAGGCAAGUCAUGAUCCAGAGGGUCGGAAAGUCCUUAGAACAACCAUAAAUAACAUCGAAUACCUCUACGAUGGCGAAGACGUUACGUGUUUUGGACACCAGUUCAUGGAGCUAUAUCUUGGCGAUGACAAUCGUAACAGACCUGUUGAGUUCUGGAAGGCUCAACUCGCAUUUCGAGGCUUUUCACCAAGAGGAAACGAUAUCAAGGCUCUCAAGCAACGUCUGGUUAAUUCUAAUGCCAUUCAACCGGAUACCAUAGUCAAACUAGGUAUUCACAAAAUGAUGAGCGCCUAUCACAAGAAGGAUCGUGAAAAUGAGAAGCCAGUGCAUCAAGCUCAGCAGGCUCGACACCUGAAAGAGGGUGAUCAGGCAGAAGAUGAAGAAUGUGAUGAAGACUCUGUGGAAGACAAUGACGAGGGGGAAGAUGACGAUGGAGAAGAUGACGAUGGAGAAGAUGACGAUGGAGAAGAUGACGAUGGAGAAGAUGACGAUGGAGAAGAUGACGAUGGAGAAGAUGACUCCGAGGGAGAUGGUGCCGAGAGAGAUAAAAAUCCUGAAGAGUCCGACGACGAUGCCGAUGAUUCCGAUGAGGAACUCGACGAUGGACCCUGGGAUAUCACCGGACAUUGGAAAUUGGAAUGCAAAACUAUGUCUUCAAACUACGGUCAAUCAGAACCAUACACACUUGACAUCUUCUCUGCACCACGCGCACAGGGUCAGCAAGUCUUCGGCCGAUUUAACCUCGGGGAAUUCAAGGGCAUAAUUAGAUUUUCUCGUGGACGCAACUCUGCCGAUCGAAAUGAAUAUCUUCUUAAUCAGCAAUUCGAUCCAUCGACUGCGGAUAAUACAAGACUCUAUCGAUGGAGAGGCAAAGAUUGUCAGAACAUCAUUCAACUCGGCUCUGAUUCACGUUCUCACACAAUGACAUUCUCGCGUAGCGGUAAAAUAGUCAACGGCGUCUGGGGCACACACGAUGGAGAUCCAGGAACAGUGGAAUUUACUGGUCGAAAGGUCUCGAAGGAAGACAUGUUUUCUGGGAGAGGGGUUUUACAGGAGUGGACGAAUCACAAUGAGCGCGCGUAUGAUGCGGCUAAUAAGGCAAGAUGGAGAUGA